CCUGGAUGUGAUAACCCAGGAGUAAAAUGCUUACAGAAGACAUCAGAAGCCUUCAGCCACUUCCAUAGUUAGAAGUCAGGAAGCUGAGGAGGAAGCAGCAGAAGAAAACAAGAAGUGUAGGAGUACCUGAGGUGGGAGGAGAGAACUGAGGGUGAUGUCCCACAAGCCAGACAAAUGUUUUAAGAAGGCAGACAUGACUUACAGUGUCACGUGUUACAGAUAAGGACAUCAAUGCAAGCCUGAAUAAGAAAAACAGCUUCUUCCACCUAAGCCAUGGCAUAUCAGUUAUACAGAAAUACCACUUUGGGAAACAGUCUUCAAGAGAGCCUAGAUGAGCUCAUACAGUCUCAACAGAUCACCCCACAGCUUGCCCUUCAAGUUCUCCUUCAGUUUGAUAAGGCCAUAAAUUCAGCACUGGCUCAGAGGGUCAGGAACAGAGUCAAUUUCAGGGGCUCUCUAAAUACAUACAGAUUCUGCGAUAAUGUGUGGACUUUUGUUUUGAAUGAUGUUGAAUUCAGAGAGGUGACAGAGCUUAUUAAAGUGGAUAAAGUGAAAAUCGUAGCCUGUGAUGGUAAAAAUACUGGCUCCAGUACUACAGAAUGAAUAGAAAAAAAUGGCUUUUUUAUUCCAUCUCUCUUAUUAUUCACCGCUUUUUGAAGAGAAGCAUAGAAGAGACUUUUUAUUUAUUCUAGCGAUGCAGAAAUGACUACAUUCUGCUGUAGUGUCAGAAUUCCAGUAGCCUCGUGUAUCACCUUUAUUAUACCGCAUGAAGAAACUUAACUUUUUUUUAAUGACAAAUCAGAAGUUGUUGCCUUCUACAAACAUUCUUUAAUAAACUCAUUUUAAAACGUAAACUGAGUAAUAACUGGUGGAGCUGUUAAGCUAGUAAUAGGAUAUUUUGUAAGCAUUUCUUUAAUGUGAUAAAAUACAUAAAACCAAAAAUUUGCCCUUUUGACCAUUUUUAAGUAUACAAUUCAGUUACGUUAAUUACAUUCACCAUGUUGUGAAACUGUCGCCACUGUCCAUUUCCAAGAGCUUUACAUCCCCCCAAGCAGGAACACAGUGCCCCUCAAGCAGCAGCUCCCCGCUCUUGCCCUGCCCCAGCUCCUGGCGACCACUGGUGAACUUUCGCCUCUGCAUUUGCCCCUUCUGGAUAGUGGUGAGCAUCCGGUUCCUUGCGAGGGAAAUUAGAAAAACGCACCCAUUUUAGCAGCCCUGUUUUAUCACUUGCAACUUUUUCUGAAUGCAUUAGCAAAGGCAAAAGAAAAUUCUGUAUAGAAUUUUACCUAGAAAAGCGUUUUUUUUUUUUUUUU